AUGGAAUUCAAGGCCAAGCCAAGGAGUAACACAGGCAAGGGCAGCUGGCUCCUUGAAAGUCUCCCAAGAGCCAGAGAGCCGGAUCCAGCCGCACAGGGCCAGAAGCGGAUCCGCCUGUGUGCUGCUGCUGGGGAUCCCAUCCUUUACUGCCUGCCUCGCCUCCGUUUCAUGGCCUCCUGGACCCCCAUCCUUGCUGCCCAGUUCAAAACAACAACAACGACAACUCUGGGAGCGAAGGCCACGCAGAAACGAAAGCCAGCAGGCUCCGUCCUGUUGGCCCAGCUGCGGCCCUGUGGGGUGCUGCCGGCCUUGCCCGCUCUGUUCAGCAAGGAGGGCGCCUGUGUUGCGGGCGUCCAUUCCCCCGCAACGCUGAGAGACCUCAGCCCGGUGGAGGGGCAAGGCCGCGGGGUCCAGAGCGGCGGAGGUGGAGGCCGGCCCGGGGCGGGGAGGGUGCAGGAGGUCAUCGUGGGGCUGGAGCGGCUGGCCUUCGCCUUCGAGAAGGACGUGGAGACGCAGAAGGGCACUGGACUCCAUUUUCAGGUCAUGGACAAGUCCGGCACAGCUCUGUGCAUCUUCUUCACCAAAGGGCUCUGCGAGAAAGGGAAGCUGUGCCCGUUGUGGCACGACCGAGGGGGGGGGGGCAGGGAGAAGCCGGUGGCGUGCAAGAAGGGCGACCAGUGCAAGUUCCUGCACCAGUACGAUGUCGCCAGGAUGCCCGAGGGCCACUUCUUCAAGUCCGGGGACUGCAACAAGGAACGUCCAUUCCUCCACGUGAAGCCGGCCUUCAAGACCCAGGACUGUCCGUGGUACGACCAAGGUUUCUGCAAGCACGGUCUGCUGUGUAAGUACCAACAUGUCUGCAGGACAAAGUGUACUAACUACUUAGCUGGGUUCUGCCUGGAAGGACCCAGAUGCCAAUUUGCACAGUAA